AUGAACACCAAGACGUACAAUCGCAUUUGGACGUGCCUUCAGCUGGGGAAGACGAGCGGUCGGAAGAGAGUGAGCGAUGCCGGUCUCGUGGAUGCCAUCUGGAGAUACAGCGCCUCGAAGGCAGUGGAAAACGACUCCGGGUCCCAGUCAUCUCAUCGGUCAGCUGCCGCCGCCGACCUUGGGCUCGACAGGUUCAGGCUUAACGAGUCGCAGCUGAACGCAGUAGAGGACUCCGUUGCAGCAAUGGGGAGCCCUUCUCCUUCCCUGAAGCUGAUAUGGGGGCCUCCAGGGACCGGCAAAACCAAGACCAUCAGCACCAUACUCUGGGCGAUGCUGCUCAGGGGGCACCGGACGCUUACUUGUGCUCCGACCAACACCGCGGUGCUGGAGGUCGCGUCUCGAGUUGUCCAGCUUGUCCGGGAGUUCUCGAAUGGCGGCAGCGGCGGCUGCUUCCUCAGUGACAUCGUUCUGCUGGGAAACAAUGAGAAGAUGAAGGUAGAUGCCAGCCACGAGCUCUCUGCGGUGUUCCUUGACUGUCGUGUCGAGCGGCUUUCCCAAUGCUUCUCGCCAAAUGGAGGCUGGGCGCACUGCUUGCGUUCGCUGAUGGGUUUUCUUGUGGAGCCUGUGAGCAAAUACCAGCUGUACACCGACAAAAUUACCAAGGACCGUGAGGAGGAGGAGGAGAAGAAGAGGAACAUCUCAUCAAAUGUACUAGAUAAGAAGAACAAAAAUGUUGCAAGAUGCAAUAAAGGGAAUGGCCAUGAAAAGGAUAGAUGCAAUAAUGAAGGAGACGUGCAAGUGUUUAUUACCCUGUCAUUCAAGGAUUUUGUGAGAGCCACUCACAAGGAACUCGCUCACAACUUGUGCCACUGCAUCGAGACAUUGCAGAAUGAUUUCCCAAGGGACCCUACGCCGGCGCCGAAUUUCUGGUGCAUGUCCGAUGUGGUAGAAGCAACAAGAGUUCUCGGUGCGCUGCUAGACGCCGGUGCCGGCGACAGACACGAGGCAUGGGUGAGCGAUGUCGGCGAUGCCUGCAACCCGUGCUCUGUGAGCAGCGAUCCUCCAUGCGAGGAAUGCAGAUUCAGGAAAGCGAGGUCACUCUGUCUCGAACAACUGGAGUAUCUGCGCAACAAUCUGAAGCUCCCCGGCUACUACGACAAGCGACCGAUUGAAACCUACCUGCUGAAGAGAGCCAAGAGUAUCCUGUGCACUGUUUCCACUUCUUUCAGGCUGUAUAACGUACUGCCCACGGAUAACCACAAACCUGUUGGCGGGCAAGGACAACAGCAACGCAAAGAACCUGAGAUCUUCCCACCUCUGGAGCUGUUGGUCGUCGACGAGGCCGCGCAGCUCAAGGAGUGCGAGGCCAUGAUCCCGCUGCAGCUGCCUUGUAUAAGGCAUGCUGUUUUCAUCGGGGAUGAGCGCCAGCUACCUGCUCUCGUCAAGAGCAAAAUAUCCGAGAAUGCGGAUUUCGGAAGAAGCAUCUUCGAGAGGCUGAUCUCGCUAGGCUGCCGCAAGCACCUCCUCGACACCCAGUACAGGAUGCAUCCGGAGAUAAGCAGGUUCCCUGUCUGGAGGUUUUAUGACGGCAAGGUAGGUGACGGCCCCAACGUCGUCUCCAAGAGCCACCGGCGCCGCCUCUUGAGAGGCAACAUGUUUGGGCCCUACUCGUUCAUCAACGUGCGUGGGGGGCGCGAGAGCAGUGAGGAGCAUAGCCGGAGCCCCAAAAACACCAUCGAGAUCGCCGUCGUCUCGCUGAUAGUGGAGAGACUGUUCCGAGAGUCGUCUUCUUCGGGAACAAGGCUAUCCGUUGGCAUCCUGUCGGCGUACAACGCUCAGGUGAGAGCGUUCCAGGAGAAGCUGGAGAAACCAUACGGUUGCCGCGAUGGUUUCUCUCUCAAGAUAAAGUCGGUGGACGGGUUCCAGGGCGGGGAGGAAGAUGUCAUCAUCAUAUCCACGGUGAGGAGCAACGAGGAUGGCGCCGUCGGGUUCCUCAGGGACGCAAAGCGUACCAAUGUGGCUCUCACCAGGGCCAAGCAUUGCUUGUGGGUGAUUGGCAACGCGACGACUCUGUCGAAGAACAGGUCUGUCUGGCAGGACAUUGUGUAUGAUUCUCAGAGACGACGGCGCUUUUUCCAUGCUAGCAGUGACAAAGGUCUGCUAGACGCAAUACAGGCGGCAACUACUGAGCUUGAUGCCGCCGAUAAUCUGCACAAGAUGGAGUCCUUGCAGUGCGCGGCAUGA